AUGACCGGAGAAGGAGAGAACAAGGAAGUCGAAGCAGCUGCGCCAGCUGUCGAAACCACCAGCGCAGCGUCUGUCGAGGGGGAGAAACCGGCGGAGACCCCCAAGGAGCCCGAGACCACUGGCGGUGAUUCCGCGCCAGCUGGGGAGGAUGCCGCGCCGGCUGGGGAGGAUGCCGGGAGUAAAAAGCGCAAAGCUGAAGGUGAAGCGGGGGAGGAAGAGGGUGAUGCCAAGGAAACCGAAGGGGUGAAACCGAGCGAAGCAGGAACCAGCGGGGACGGCGGCGAUGCGCAAGGGAAGAAGAAGAGCGGGCCUGUGGUGCUGGGACCGCAGACAUUCGCCACCGGGCUCCAGAUGUUCAACUUCUUUCUCGACCUUCUUCGCGGCUGGCCUGUCAACCUGGAUAUCAACCAGUACGAGCACAUGGUACUGCUGGACCUGCUAAAGAAGGGCCACAGCGACCCCACGUCCAAGGUUGGAGCGGGCAUCCGUUCCUUCCAGAUCCGCCCGCACCCAGAGUUCCACUCGCGCUGCUUCUUCCUCGUGCGCUCUGACGGUACUGUGGACGAUUUCAGCUACCGCAAGUGCGUCGAAGCCCUCAUGGGCCUGCCGCAGGAGUUCACGCUCAGUGCUGCUAAGGAGUGGGACAGCAAUGGGGAGGGGCACGGUGGAGAACCUCUGAGGUUCGACAGCACAACGGCACAGGAUGACGUAAGGUACGUGUAUUCGUUUGUGGGUGGGAAGUCCCACGAAAUUCACUGUGCUCUCGUCUCUUCAGCUGCAGGAAUUGCUCUUGGAAGAGCUGUUUUGACGAGUGCAAACGGGGAAACGGCAGUUGGCGCCAUGGGAGAGGGUAUCCGAGACACGGGUCAUGAUUUGCGAAAUGGAGCAGACUCCGCCACUCGAGCUGAACAGGAGGCGAUGAUAAACGGGGCGAAUGGCGGGGUGAAUGGUGGGGAGGCGGGAAGUCAUGACGAGAAGCGGACUCAAGGCGGCGCGACGGAUAAGGCAACGGAGAGAGGUGGAGCAGACGAGGGGCCCAGCAGCAGUAAUGGACCGCCAACUUCAGAUAAAGCGCAACGUCAUCAUGAGGCACGUGCAUUCUCUUUUAUCUCGGAGGAGGGAGAAGAGGAGGAACACGUGCAGGUAUCACCAGAGGCGAAGGCCAAUCCCUUCUCCAAACUCAUCUUCUGGUGGCUGAAUCCGCUGAUGAACGCGGGGUAUCGCAAGCCGCUGGAGCAGGCGGACCUGCCGCCGCUUCCGCCAUGCGACGACGCCAAGGCCGUCUCCAUAAAGUUCGCGCACGUGUGGGCGCAAGAGGUCCGCAAAGACAAGCCGUCGCUGACGCGCGCGUUGUUCCGGUGCUUCCGCUACCGCCUCAUCAUCGGCGCGCUCGUGCAAUUCGUCAACGUGCUGCUGCAGGCCACGCCGCCCAUCUUCCUGAAUGCGGUGCUGCUGUUCAUCCAAGGGACUCCUACAGACCAUUUCAUGAAGAAAAUCUUCGGGGACAACUACGGGUACUAUGCGGCGGCGGCGCUGUUUGUGGUGCCCACGAUACGGUCGCUACUGGACGCACAGUACAAUCAAAUCAUGUUCCGUCUCGGCGUGCAUGUGAAAACGGCGCUGGUGGAGAUAGUAUAUGACAAGUCACUAAAGCUCUCCAACGGUGCCCGCCAGGGCAAAUCGGUGGGGGAGAUCGUGACUCUCAUGCAGGUGGACACGGAGAAGGUGUCCAUGGUCACUCCCUUCCUGCACUUCACAUGGAGCGGCAUCCUGCAGAUAUUCAUCAACCUUGGCCUACUCAUCUACUACAUCGGCUGGAGCGCUGUGGCCGGGUUCGCCAUGCUCAUCAUCACCAUCCCCACUCAGGGCAAGCUGGUGGGUCUGCUGCUGUCGAUGCAGAGAAAGAUUCUGCUCAACACCGGCAGGAGAGUCAAGGUGAUCAACGAGUUGCUGCAGGGCAUCCGAGUGGUGAAGUGCUACGCGUGGGAGCAGCCGUUCACAGCGGCCAUAGCGGGCAUCCGCAGUGUGGAGCUCAAGGCCAUGCGCAGCCGCGUGUGGCUGCGCGCCGUGCAGACCUGCUUCAUGCUCGCCACGCCCACCCUCAUCAUGGUGGUGACCUUUGCGUUCUACGCGGAGGUGGCAAAGGGCAGCAUGAUGGCGUCCACUGUCUUCACAGCGCUCUCGCUCUUCAACUCGCUGCGCAUCCCCCUCAUGAUCUAUCCUUUUGUCAUCAACUCCGUGCUGGCUGGACAUGUGUCCCUGCAACGACUGGGCAAGUACCUGUCGAGUCCGGAGAUGCAGCACGUGCAGAAGAACGAGGAUAAGGGCGAUGACCCCGUUGCUGUCUCCAUUGACCAUGCCAACUUCCAAUGGUCAACAGCCAAGCCGCCAGCAGCAGCACCGUCAAAGCCAGGGGGCUCCAAGGUGGCCCCCGGCAUGGGGGGAGGCUUCGGUGCGCCCAUGGGCAUGGCCGGGGGAGGACCUCCAGGAUCGGCUCGCACCGCGCCAAGCAAGGCAGGCGGGGAUGAGGCAAAGCGCGGGGGGAAGAAGGGGUGGUGGCGAUGGGGCAAGGCCAAGGCUGAGCCGGCAGACAAGGGCAGCGCGGGGGAGAAAGGGAGCGGUGCUGAGAGCAAGGAUAAGGGCAAGGAGAAGGAGAAGGAGAAGCCUUUCGCUCUGACUGAUGUUACUGUCACUGUGCCUCGGGGAUCGCUGUUUGCCAUCGUGGGUUCAGUGGGCAGCGGCAAGAGCUCGCUCAUAUCCGCGAUCCUGGGAGAGAUGGAAGCACAGAGGGACGAGGACGAGGGGGUUGACGGUCGCAAGAGCUCAGACCGCAAGAGUGGGGAGAGGAGGCGCAGCAGCAGCGACAGGAGGAGGAGCAGUAGCGAGAGGAGGAGGAGUGAGAGUGGAGUGGUGGAAGGGGAGAACGAGGAGGGCAAGUGCCGUGUGACCAUCAAUGGCUCUCUUGCCUACUGCAGCCAGCAGGCAUGGAUCAUGAACACGUCACUGAGAGAGAACAUUCUGUUUGGCCACGAGUACGAGGAGGACCGCUACAACGCCAUCCUCGACGCAUGCGCUCUCCGCAAGGACCUGGCAGCACUGCCGGACGGGGACAGCACGGAGAUUGGCGAGCGCGGGAUCAACCUGAGUGGCGGGCAGAAGCAGCGGGUGGCGCUGGCGCGGGCAGUAUACGCAGACACGGACAUAGUGCUGCUGGACGACCCGCUCUCCGCUGUGGACGCGCAUGUGGGCGCACACCUGUUUGAGAACUGCGUGCAUGGCAUUCUGCAGGGCAAGACCCGCGUGUUUGUCACCAACCAGCUGAACUACGUGCCACAAGCGGACCUAAUAGCAGUGGUGGACAAGGGUACAGUGGUGGAGCAGGGCACCUACAAGGAGCUGAUGAGCCAGGGCGGCAUGUUUGCACGGCUCAUGCUGGAGAGUGGCUCGCACAAGCACACCAACGACUCGCCCGACGCUGCUGACGCCGCCUCCUCCUCCUCCUCCUCGCCCAAGGACCUGGGCACCAAGAGCCUCAACCGCCUCAUGUCUCGCGGCCGGCAGCUGGGCGGCUCCAAGGCGCGCACGCGCAGCAUGAGCCGCAGAGCGUCCUUCUCCACACACGGAACCCUGGUGGACCAGGAGCAGCGAGCCCGAGGCAUGCUCAAAAUGGAGGUGUACAAGAAGUACUGGCUGGAAACGAGCUGGAUCAUCCCGGCGGGAGUGCUGAUGCUGUUCGUCAUCGUGCAGUGUGUGGACGCCUUCACGCGCUACUGGCUCGCCUACUGGACCAAGGACCAGUUCAACCAGUCCGCUGGCUUCUACCUCGGCAUCUACGCGUCCCUGGCGAUGCUGUACACGAUUCUGAUCUACUUCCGCACGUUGGGCCAGGCCUUUCUGGGGUUGUGGACGUCGAAGAAGCUGCACGAGGGCAUGCUGGCCUCCGUGCUGCGCGCGCCCAUGUCUUUCUUCGACACCACGCCCGUCGGCCGCAUCCUCAACCGCUUCAGUGCGGACCAGGCAGGGGUGGACGAGACGCUGCCCUUCUCCUGGUCCACCUUCCUCAACAUCCUCUUCCAGGUCUUCGGCACCAUCAUAGUGGUGACCAUCGUCACAUGGGAGUUCAUCAUCGCAUUCAUCCCUGUCGCCUGCCUCUACUUCUGGGUGCAGCAGACAUACCGCAAGACGGCGCGGGAGUUGAAGCGGUUGGAUGCGGUGAGCAAGAGUCCGGUGUACCAGCAGUUCACGGAGACGCUCAACGGGCUGCCGGUCAUCCGCGCCUACAACCAGGAGGAGCGCUUCCUGCGCAUGUGCGACGACAAGCUAGACGCCAACAACAGGGCCUUCUUCCUGCUCAAGUGCUGUGACCGCUGGCUGUCUGUGCGCCUGGAGCUCAUGGGCAACACUCUCGUCUUCGCCGCUGCCAUCUUUGCUGUGGUGAACCGGGGCAGUGUGUUCGCCGGGUUUGCAGGCAUCAGCAUAGACUAUGCGCUGCAGAUCACGGCUGCUCUUGGCAUGCUGGUGCGGCAGAUGACCGACACGGAGAACCAGAUGAACGGCGUGGAGCGGAUCCUGGAGUACCGUGAUAAGAUCGACCAUGAGGCGCCAGCGGUGAUCAAGGACGCGGAUCCGGGCUCAGACUGGCCGGGCAAGGGCGAGAUUCGAGUGGAGGAGAUCUCCAUGCGCUACCGCCCCAACCUGCCCCUCGUGCUCAAGAACGUCUCUGUCUCAAUCCAAGGAGGAGAGCGCGUGGGCAUUGUCGGCCGCACCGGCUCCGGCAAAAGCUCCCUCAUGCUGUGCCUGUUCCGCCUGAUCGAGCCCGCGGAGGGGCGAAUCCUGAUAGACGGCACGGACAUCGCAGGCAUGGGCCUCACACAGCUGCGCUCCAGACUCUCCAUUAUUCCCCAGGACCCCGUGCUGUUCAGCGGCACUGUGAGGAGUAACCUGGACCCGUUCAACUGCCACUCGGACGAUGAUGUGUGGACGGCGCUCAGUCACGCGCAUCUCAAGGAUAAGGUGGGGGCGCUAACAGGGAAGCUGGAAGCAUCGGUGGCGGAGUAUGGAGAGAACUUUUCCGUGGGGGAGAGACAACUGCUGUGCCUCGCACGUGUGUUGCUGCGCAAGAACCGCAUCAUGAUUAUGGACGAGGCCACCAGCAGCGUCGACUUCGAGACUGAUCGCCUCAUUCAGGCCACCAUCCGCACGCACAUGCAGGACAGCACCAUGCUCAUCAUUGCGCAUCGCAUCAACACUGUCAUCGAUGCCUCACGCAUCCUCGUGCUCAGCCAUGGCGAGGUGAUGGAGUAUGACACGCCAGCAGCGCUGCUGGACAGUGCCGAGGGGCAGUUCUCAUCGCUGGUGGAGGACACGGGAGAGCAGACAGCAGCGCACCUGCGCAAGAUAGCACGCGGGGAGCUUGACUUCUUUGCUGCUUACUCCAAGAUUGUCAAGGCCGAGUGA